AUGGCGCUGACCCCGGUGGACCGGAUCCAACGGUAUUUCGGCUCGGAGGUCGUGCCCUGGGCCGAAACUUGGGAGGCUGUGGCACUCUACUUUGCUUGGCUUAAUCAUUUUACCCUUUGGCUGGUCGCUCCAGCCGCGGUGGGGUUACUCUUCUACCUCCGUAUGCAUUUCUUUGGCUUCACCGUGGAUGAUGACCCCUUUUUGCCCUUCUAUUCGCUUUUUGUGGUCUUCUGGGGCAUGUGCUUUUUGCGAAGCUGGGACCGGCACUGUGCCGUCCAAGCCUGGCACUGGAACGUACACGGGGUGGAGAACAGACCCGAACACCGCGCGGAGUUCGUCGGGGAGCUGCGCACCAGCCGAGUCACUGGGCAGCUUCACAGGUACUACCCGGAGGGGAAACGCUUCCUGGCCUACGCUCUUUCCGUGAUUUCCUUUUGUGUGAUGAUUUGCUCCUUGAACUUGCAGGGCUUCAUGGAAGAGUCCGUAACCUCUUUGGAGCAGAUCUUCUACAUUGCACCGUUGGCACGCUUGGCUGACCAUGGGGCUAUCUUCGACCCAAACCAGAAAGAGUACUUCGGCCUCCUGGCCUUUGGCCCCAUCGUUCUCCAUGUCUUUGCGAUCAUGAACCUGAACAAGCUCUACCGUUCGGUGGCCGAGUGGCUCACGGAACAAGAGAACCACGAGUUGUUGGAACAUCAUCAAAGCAGCUUGAUGGCGAAGAGGUUCAUGUUCGAAGCCUUUGAUUGCUACAUUGUGCUCUUCUACGUGGGCUUUGUGCAACAGGACAUUCGAAAGCUACGACAAGAGCUGCUGUGUUUGUAUGGCGUGGACAGCUUGCGGCGAGUCUUUGUGGAGAGUAUCCUUCCUCUCGUCUUGGAGCUCAUCAGCAAGCGGCAGCUCUCCCGAAAGGCUGCGGAGCUCAAGAGGCCUGAGCGAGACAUGAGUCGGGAGAUGGCGUGCCAAGCAGAUGGGAGCUGCGAGAAGCCCAAGAACAAGGGUGGAGGAGUGGUGCUCUUGCAAGGAGUCAAGCGGCAUGGCAAAGUCCAGGAGCACUUGCAAAGCGAGGAUGAGGAAUGUACGCCCUUGGGCGGUGAUCCCUACUACCCCUACUUCCGGGAAUGUUGUCAAGGCACCAAGCAAUGUGGCCCCUACUACCAGGAGAGCUGGGGCGGCUGGUCCUUCGAGUGCAAGCAUUCCUGCAACAAGAAGGAGAAGGAGGAUGACUGUGGCUGUGUGCCCCCAGAAGGCUGGUCGACCACGGUGCAAAAAUGCCGCCCUGAAUCCACCACCUCUGAAGCCGAGGCCAAGGAGUGCCGCGACAAGACCUCCACCACCGCGAGCACCACCAGCACCAGCAGCAAGGCUGCCGAGGCGGAUGACUGUGGCUGCAUCCCUCCCGAAGGCUGGUCUACCACCGUCCAAAAAUGCCGUAUUGAGUCUAGCACCUCGGAAGCGGAGGCCAAGGAGUGUCGCGACAAGACCUCGACCACGGUGAGCACUGCCAGCACCACUACCGGGCCCACCACCACCUGGACCGGCGGCACUGGGCCCACACCCACCGUGCUGACCAUCAUGUCUUGGAACGUUUUCUUUGGGAACACCCGGUACGAUGCCAUGGACCGCAUGUUCAAGGCACAUGACGUGGACAUCGCCAACUUACAGGAGACGAACAACAAGUUAGCGAACAUCGCGGAGGCGUCCGGCUAUGCGUCGGUGAAUGAAUGGAAGCAGCCCCACGAUUGGUGUGGCUACAACUUCCACAAGCCCGACUGGGGCCACGCUUGGGCCACUGAACUUGAAGUACCUGGAUCCAGAGGGGUUUGUGGUGCCAUGAUGUACAAGGGAGAUGCUAAGUUCUGCGUGUGGGGUCUUCACCCCAUUCAGCGGAACAACAAUGUGAAGUAUGCGAAGGAGUCCAUCAAGAUCGCAGCUGAUGCCAUGAAGAAAUGCUCAGAAGAGUACAACGCUCCAUCGAUUUUCCUCGGCGAUUUCAAUACCUUGGACUGGAGGGGCGCGCAACAUGAGCUCGAGAAGCGGACCGGCUGGGGAUGGCAGCUGGCAGCAAAGCAUGAUAUCGACUUCAUUUUCAUUCAGACAUACCCACUCAAAGUCGGAGAGGUGAUCUCCAGCCAGAUUGUGGGUGACGGCACGUGCUGGCCCGGCUUUCCGCCCAACAAUGGGAUCUCCAGAGAGUGGAGAUCUCAGGCGAUACACCCGGCCCAGGGGGUGGCGCCGACGCGGGGGCAUUUUGGUGUGGCGUUCUUCGAGGUGCAGGUGGUGAGGCGUGCAAUGAUUUCCGGCUGGUCACCUGUUUCAGUCGUUGCAGUGAAUUUGAUCUUCACGGCAAAGCCGCUUAGGUUGGAACAAGCGCAUUUUUUGGAGGCCCUGGAGGUCCUGGAUCAGCCUCACUACGAGCAGUUCGACGACUUCCUGGAAAUGGUCAUAGAGUUCGGCUAUGUGACGCUUUUUGCAUCAGCCUUUCCUUUGGCAGCUGUAGUGUCACUCGUUAGCAAUUUGAUUGAGUUGAAGUCUGACAUGUUCAAGCUGGCCUGCGUGUAUCAGAGACCAAUCUCUCACCGCAUGAAAUCCAUCGGAAUCUGGAGACAACUACUGCACAUCAUCGCAGGCAUCUCCAUCAUCACGAAUGUGAUGAUCUUCGUGAUGAGUGAGCAAUUGGCUUCUUGGACGCCUUCCUUGUACCGAGAGGCCAGCCUGGAGGAUGUACAACAAGGACGUUUGGCCUCAGCGGUCGACCAAGCAGCAGGAACAGCGGACUUGGUCAUCCGCCAGGGUGCCGGCCGCUAUGUGAUUUUUUUUGCAGCAGUUUUGGAGCACCUCGUGGCGGUGGCUGUGGUGGUGUUGAUGCUGGCCAUUCCAAGCACGCCGGACUGGGUGAAGUGUGAGAUCCGCCGCACGAUGCACUUCAAAGAUAUGAGAGCCAAAGCUGCUGCCGAUUCUCGGAAGAGCUGA